CGUACCAACCCGAUAGUGACACCAAUCACUUAGGCGUAGGAAUAGUACUCCAAGAUCAAAAUAACACAACUGAAAACAUAUCAAUCCAACUUGCGACCAAUGGCUCUAGUGACCUAGCAGAACUUCUCGCCAUCAUCAUAGCCAUUAACCUAAUUAAGCAAAACACC